AUGCCAACAAUAGCCAAAAAUGAAGAACGGAAGCUAGGAACAGGAGAACAAAGCAUUCCACCAUCCACAGUUCAUACACAACCUUGGUGGCGUGGAUUUGGAAAUAGUGCGAUGACUUCUGCAGUGGACAACACUAAUGGUUCUGCCACCCCUGGAGUUACCCAAUCACAAGCCAAUGGUGAUGGUGUCAUUGAAGGGACACAUAUCAUAGCCCCACAACCUGGUAUUAAUUCUUUGAUUUUUGUAUAUAAUGCAAAUAAUUAUGGGGCAUUAACUUAUCGGAAAUUCAGGCCAGGUCUUGAAUUGAAGGUUGAACAUUUUCUUGAUUAUUUUCGUGAUCAGGUAUGGAGUUUAGUAGUGAUACUGAUGAAGAUCAUCCUUUCAGGAUUGAAUGGAAAUAAUUCCCAAGAACAGCAGCAUCCCAAAAGUGUUGCAUCUUCAACAGCUCCACUCAUGGGCAAGCACCUCGAAACAAAUUCCCAAAUGGAACUUGUUGGUCACUCGAUUAUGUUGGGGUCAUAUCCAUGUCCAGAUCCACGAUAUGGAGGAAUUAUGACUUAUGGGGCGCCUGUACACCCUCACUUACUCGGAAUCCAUCAGACUAGAAUGCCUUUGCCUCUGGAAAUGGAGGAGGAACCUGUAUAUGUGAAUGCAAAACAAUAUCAUGGAAUUUUAAGGCGAAGACAGUCACGAGCUAAGGCAGAGCUGGAAAAAAAAGCAAUAAAAGCUAGAAAGGUAUGUGCAUAG